AUGCCAAGGAAGGCGAAAAGGAUCACCAAGCGCAAAAGUGACAACCAGCCAUCACCAUCCUCCAAACUUUUUCCCAGCAAAAAGGUGAAAGGGUGUAUUGCGCAGUUGCACGCGCAUUUACCAACCAACUGCUCAUUUUGGGCCAAGCUUGAAUUCCCCAACAAGCAAGAAGGCAUGCCUGGGGUCUCCACUUGGAACGUGUGUGGCAUUAAUGCCUUUGAAAAGAAGGGACCAAAACGUUAUCUCAUUGCUGAGGACCCAGAUAUCAUGAUACUUGGCGAGACUAAGAUGCAAGCCAAGCCGGAGAUUGGGCACAUCAAGCAUCAGUUCCAAUAUCAAUACUGGGGUGGAGAUAACAGAAAGGUUUAUGCUGGAGUGGCCAUCCUGUCCAAGCACAAACCACUUGAGGUGAUUUACGGUUUACCAACCGUCAAAGAUCAAGCUUCAACCAACAGGCCUAAGCUUAAUUUUACUCAUCAGCAAGAUGUUUUACAAUUGAUUGAUUUUUUUUUUGCCAGAUAUGAUCACCUUGGAAUUCUCCACAUUCUUCUUAAUUGGCACUUUUACGCCCAACGUUGGCAACAACCUUAA